GGGACUUACGCCACUUGCACUUGUUUGGCAAAUCCACGUAGCAAAACGAAUUCAACUUGCAUACCCAUAGACUGCUCGAACCCGCUUGGGCGGGAUUUGCCUUGACGGGCUUGUUUGCAGCUCUGGGAGCAGCUAGCAACCAUGUACGGGUUCGAGAUGAUGUCAUUCAACAUUAAGGAUGGCUUCCUUGAAGGCGUUGUGCGGAGCCACCGGACAGGCAUGCUUACGGUGGCUGACUACAACAACCUCUCGCAAUGCGAGACGCUGGAGGACAUCAAGCUGAACCUGACGGCCACCGACUAUGGCCCGUACCUGGUCAACGAGGCCUCGCCCAUCUACACCGCGACGAUUGUGGACCGCUGCACGCAAAAGCUGGUGAACGACUGGAACUACAUGCGCACCCAGGCCGAUGAGAACCUGGCAAUGUUCAUGGACUACUGCACGUACGGUCACAUGAUUGAUAACGUGGUGCUCAUCGUGACGGGCACGCUACACGAGCGCGACGUGCAGGAGCUGCUGGACAAGUGCCACCCGCUGGGCAUGUUCGACUCCAUAGCCACGCUGGCGGUGGCGCAGAACAUGCGCGAGCUGUACCGGCUGGUGCUGGUGGACACGCCGCUGGCGCCCUACUUCUCCGAGAACCUGACGCACGAGGACCUGGACGAGAUGAACAUCGAGAUCAUGCGCAACACGCUGUACAAGGCCUACCUGGACGACUUCGCGGCCUUUUGCCAGAAGCUGGGCAGCACCACGGCGGAGAUCAUGGGCGACAUGCUGGCGUUCGAGACCGACCGCCGCGCGCUGAACAUCACGCUGAACUCGAUCGGCACGGAGCUGACGCGCGACGACCGCAAGAAGCUGUACUCCAACUUCGGACUGCUGUACCCGCACGGCCACAACGAGCUGGCCAUGGCGGAGGACUUCGACCAGAUCCGCUCCGCCAUGGAGAAGGUGCCCGCCUACAGCGGCAUCUUCAGCAAGCUGGGCUACGGCGAGAGCCAGAUGCUGGACAAGCUGCUGUACGAGGAGGAGGUCAAGAAGUGCGUGGACUGCUACGAGCAACAGUUCCACUACGGCGUCUUCUACGCCUACAUGAAGCUCCGCGAGCAGGAGAUCCGCAACAUCAUGUGGGUCAGCGAGUGCGUGGCGCAGGACCAGAAGGGCCGCAUCGCCGACGGCAUCGUCUACCUGUUCUAAAUGGCAACUGGCGCGAUGCGUGCGUGCACGUGUUGUUGGCUGGGGCAGAGCUGGAGGCAUAGGUGUGUGGGAAGCGCUGGAGCCGGCGGGUGCGCUGGAGCCCGCCGACGGGAGGUCUGGAGGAGUGAGGAGUGGAGCUGGCUGCGGAGUGGGCUGCAAGCAGCAGCGCAGCUAGAAGCGGGAAGCUGCGCGCGGCCUGCUAUCAGCCGCGAAUGGAGGAGCUGGGUGAAGCGAAUCUAAAGGGCCUGGUCAUGGGGGAAGGGCUGUGUGGUGGGGCGAGCGCGAAGGAGCGUGAUAGCCGGUGUGGCUCCGGUACGUAGCCCGGGGCUGCGGGGUGCCAUCGGCAUCGCCGGUGCCGCAUGAAGGUACAUCGGGGUCGGAGGGGGGGAGGGGGUUACAAGUAUGCUGCGGCGAGAGGCAGACGGUGCGAUUGUUCCCGUAUGCAUAGAAGCAAAGAGAGGUAGCGACAUGAGUGAUGAGAGAAUGACCGCGACUGAAAUGCUGCGCGCUGCGCCCCACAUGAGGAGCGUUUCGGGGCUGACAGUUUUGACCUGCUGAACUGCGGAUGUGAGUGACCUGCUGAACUGCGGAUGUGACGGCUGCGGAUUGGGAAGAGGAGGCUGUUUGUAACACGACGAUGCU